CGUGAAUGCCUAAACAGCAUUCCAAAAUGUCUUCUUAUGUAGAUUUGAUGAGCUAAUUUGACAUUGAAGUCCCUUUUCGUGGCUACAGAUUUGCCUCAUAUAUCAUGUGAUUAUUCUGAUUAAAUGGUGUCGUAUCGAAAUAAGAGCUGUUCAGAUUUUGCUGACUUCUGAUGGCUCUGGUUAUAGAUAGACCACCACUCCGUGGUUACAGCUCAUAUCAAAGCAACACUUUCACAAUGGACGAUGAAGCUAAGAUUGGAGAAAAGACUCAAGAUGAAAAACAUGAUUCUAGCAGUGGAGGCUUCCCUGGAAGUGAAGCAAGGCCGAUGAGUGCCUUAGCGAGAGGGGUACAGAUCACUGAAUUUGCUGAGAGCAGAGUCAACCCUACACCUCUCUUGCUUGAGGAGUCUGACAUUCUUCUGGAGCAGUAUUUAAGUCCUGGGAAAUUGCAACUUCUAACUGGGGUUGAUAAUCUAGAGCUUGUUGAAUCAUUGGAGUUGAAAGUUGAUUCUAGAGAAACCAGUUUGGGAAACUUUGGUGGACUGCUGCCUAAUCUUACAGAACUCAAACUGAGUGGCAGCAGCAUUGCCUGUGCCAGGGACUUAGGCUCAUCCCUGAGAAAGUUACGUGUGCUAUGGCUUACCAGAUGUGGUCUUGAGGAACUGGAUGGGAUUUCCUCCAUGCUUAACCUCAAAGAGCUGUAUCUGGAGUAUAAUGAGGUUACAGACAUUAGUCCUAUUUCUAUGUUGGAACACUUGGAAAUUUUAGAUUUGGAAGGGAAUAACGUUGAUGACAUCACACAAGUUCAAUAUCUAUCCCUUUGCCCAAGACUAAGGAGAUUAGCGUUGGAUGGAAAUCCAAUCUGCGUUUGUCCCUCGCCUACUCAUGAUGAGCCUGGCUAUGACUACAGACAGACAAUUAAGAAACUUUUGCCAAAUCUACUGGUGCUGGAUGAUGAGAGGCUGGAUGAAGCGUCCUCUUCCCUGAUAAAACACAAUGUGUUUGAUGAAGACUGGGCGUACUUGGAAGAACUACAGAAAGAUGCUUUCUUACAGCAGGAGUUUAGUGAAAACCAAGAAGUAUCCAAUGAAGCUCAAGCAAUUGGAGAGCGUCCACCAUCGGCGGCUCUCCGUCCAGCCACCAGCUACCGCCCUGGCUCUGCCCUCCGACCCUCCUCAGGUUUUCGUCCUCUCUCUGCUUCGCGCCGGCCACAGACCAUGAGCGGACCCAGCACCCCCACUAGGCCUGGGACGUCUGCUUCAGUCCGCCCUGUUUCUAGUGAUGCUGUGGAAGGCAUAGAGUCCUCCAGUGAACUCACUAUUGGUGGAGUCAUUUGUGGAAACCCGUCCAAAGCCUUGAGACAGAGGAGAAAAGGAGGCGCAGGGUCCAAGGAAGAAAUCCAAAAGGGACUGAGCAAACUCAUGCAGAAGGGAGCAAUAUUCAAUCACUCAGAAAAUGCUGAGGAUGUUCCAUUGAAAGCUGAAGAUGAAAUGAACAGUAUUAUUGAGGAAUUGCAAUCAUGGAAAGUUGAACAUGAGAAGAGGAUGCAAGAUAUUCUGAAGACUAAAGAAGCUCAGGUUCUGGUGGUGGACCAUGAUGAGGCCGUGGAGGUUUCUGACAGUGAAGAAGACUCUGAUUUCGACUUGCCAAGGGAAACAAUCGACUACAGGCCAGGCUCAUCACAGCAACGGCACAGUGCUGACUUGAGGCUAAAGAGCAGCAAAAAGAAGAUGGACUCAGUGGGAUAUCCAUCUGGCAGUGCUGAGUCUUCACUCAGAGCUCAGGGUGUUAGCUCAAGACUGAGUGCCUCAAAAAUACGAGAUGGAGAUUCAGAAUAUCGCCAGAGAUUUCAUUCUGAUGAUUAUGAUGAGGAUGAAUCAAACCCGGCCGCCGAAGUUUUUCAUGAUCAAGGAUCUUCGCUGGCUUCAUUUUCUGGCUAUGCGAGAUCACGGUCACGAGAGGGGAGCAUGGGAGACUCGUGGUCUGAAGGAGAAGGGAUGACCCCAGAAAGACCGAGGUCAAGAGGUCAAGGUGAAGGAGGCUUGGCUCCAUUGAGAGCUCCCAGCCCGACAUCGGCUCAGAUUAUCAACAGCCUGAGAGCGAGACAAACUGAGAGGCCCCCAUCUCCUCGAUCAAAAAGAUUACGUGUCGGUCCAACUGGACUUCCUGUGUCCUCCCAGACGCCAGUCAUCAGAAACAGCAUUGUUCCUCCCCCAUCUCGAUCAGGACUGGUUUCCACCACAGCCAUGUCCUCAGUGUCUCGAGGCAACGUACCACUAUUACCGUCACAACCCAGAAUAGCCCGACAGCUGCCCGAGACACCCAAACUCCUGCCACAUCCACCCAAAAAUUCAUAGCUCUGAAAUGACUAUUUGAAAAAUUAUCACAGGUGCCUUGAGUAGUGCAGUUUGUCUUUUCUGGUAUGAAAUGGCUUGCUGCACUCUUCAAUGACACCAUCAUUGUAUACAUUAUGUUUAUCGUCUUCUUCUGUGAUAUUUCAAACUUGCUCUGAAAAAAAAACUGAUAAUAUAUAUGGCAUGGAAAAUGACCUUGAAAAUGACCUUGCUGCCUAUAAACUGGGUACUGUUGUAUGUUCACCUUCAUGAUUCAAACUAGAGCACAUUUCAGUGUUGUCAAAGUAGACCAGAAAUGCUAUUGUUUUAAAGAAACUGGUUACACUGCAAUACAAAGAUAUACAGUUGAAACCAUUUUAUGAGCAGUCCAACUAUUUUCACUUCUGUCCCUUUCAAAUUCCUUCCAAGACUUUAAUGAUGAUGGUGUUAUCAAUGUGUGAUCAUUGAAAAUAUGAGAGCAUGACAUAUUCAAAAAUAAUUUUCCAAGAAACCAAAGAAAUAUUUGAGAAUUUCUCACCAAGUUAAGAGACAGAUUUCCAUAUCUCCUGUAAAGGAAACGUGAUGCUCUUUGUGCCCACUAUAAUACUUAUGUAUACGCAUGAAGAAAGAUUUAGAUUUGAUUUGAUUUGAAUGUAAAACUGGGGUCUUAUGAAAACGGGGUGCUCCAUGCUCCCUUGCCCCUCUUCAUGAGGCUCCAUUUCAGUGCGGGUAGGCUGAUUGUCUCCAUCAUCAGCUGGUUGUUGUAGCGUCUGAUGGGGUCCCGCAAGCUGCUCCUCCUACUUUCACCAGGCUGUACUCCUUCUCCUUUCUCAAUCACAACCUCCUUCGUGAAGGAGUCCUCUUCACGGCUGCUGGCUAAGUGAUCUUGGACAAGGGCUACUACAGUUGGAGGGUCAAGGGUAAGCACUCCUAUGUUUGCUAGCUUAUCUGCUCUAUCAUUUCCCUUGACUCCUGCAUGUCUUGGGCAGAAGAUCCAGUCUGAUUUUGCUGGUCUCAAACCAAACUGCAUAGAGGCUGCCGGCCAAGAUCUUAUCCAGAGUAUUCGAAGUAUUAAAAGAUUUAGAUUUCAAGUGGAAAUUUGGCUUGAUCAUAGUUAUGUAAAGUUCUCAUUUGUUGACCAACUUACAGUCUCCUUUUUGGAAAACUAGUUUGAGUUAUGUAGUCAUCCAUGAUCUGUAUGAUUCGUAUUGUGCAAAUGUCAUUCUUUACUUGGCUAUUGAAGUUUUUUCCUUCUAUCCAGUGCAAAGAAAGAUUAAACCUCUUUUUCUUUUUCCUUUUGGAUCAUUUUCUUUCAGGUUUGCCCAUCUUUUUGGAUGUUUUUAUCUGUUCAUUUUUUAUUAGGCUUUCUGAUUUAUCAGGUUCUUUCUUAUUGGUUGCUCCCCCACUUGCAUCCCCUGCACCCCAAAAAACUCAUUAUUUUUGGGUAAAUUUAAAAGAUUCAAUAAAAAAUAUUUUAGGUUCACAGACAGGUAAAUGGAUUGUGCUAAGAGACUGAUUUACACUUUUAACAAUUGCAUCAUGCCUGUUAGUGACAACAAAAUACAAGUUACAAAGUGUGAGCCAAAGCAACAUGCCUAUGAGGCUUUAAAAAAAAGUAAAAUGGAUCGGUGACACUUCACGCUGAAGUUCUGAAUCAUCAUUGCUAAUUCGCUCUUCACUGUAUAAUCCAGUUCCCUCUCUCUCUACACUACAUACACUACUGGUAGGCCUGUCAUCGCGAUAACUGCUUAAACCUGACUGUUGGAUCAAAAUUCUAGACCUAGACUGAAUUGAAAUUGAUCUAUGUGACUCUCAGCUUUGAGGGCAGCUACCAAAGGAGUUUGAGCAUCUUCAAAUAAAUCAGAGGGCACCAUCAUGUUACAAGAUGGAGAAAAAGCUGUUAAUAUAUAAUUUUGAGACAAAAAUAUUGCACAGAAAAGCAAAUGGCAUGCAUCUUGUAUGUCAUUUACUGCUGCUGAUACUAGGAAAGGUACUGGGUACUGGUUCUUUAUACAACAAUUUGAACAGUCUGAGCAAACCAUUGACUUAAUUAUCUUUAAUUUGUGAUAAUACCAUAUUUGUGGGCUGACAUUUUUACUGCUUCCUGCCUGAGGUGUGAUAGUUGUUGCACAUGUUGAAUGGACACUGUGGAUAGGUUAAGAGUGUGAAAACCUGAUAUCCAAACCUGUCAUUUUGCCAUGUACGGCACGGAUUGGAAGCCUUGCGUUUCUGUUUUUAGGUACCAGUCAUAGUGAUUAUGUAUUGCUUUGUCUUAUGGUGAAAUUCCAUGAAGAGACUCUUGUACUCAUUUAUUCUAAUUUUCUUGUUGUCCUACAGAUUAUUUAAACCAACUGUGAAAACUUUGUGUGCAUGCGAUUAUUUGCAUAAUCUUGUUUUGCACCGUCAGAACUGAAGUACACCUCUGAGAAUUUAUUGGUCAUUUUGAAAGUAGGUAAAACUUUUACAGGGAGAGUACUUAAUUCUUGACUGUCCAUUAUAAAAGUAUCAAAUAUUCUUCCAAGCUCCCCACCAAGUAAAUGUAAGUUUUUACCGCAUUGUCAUACUCAAAACCUGUCUGGCAAAGCGAAACUCAUCUUGUCAAAAAGGAUUCUGAAUAAUCAGGACUGGAUCCACUCUAGACUGAAACAAA